AUGCCCACAGUCAUAAAGCUAGGGGUCCCCCACCCUGCAGCGCCCCAACCCAACGUCGACCCUGUCCUCUCCCUAGGGGUCCCCCACCCUGCAGCAGCCCCAACCCAACGUCACCCUGUCCUCUCCCUAGGGUCCCCCACCCUGCAGCGCCCCAACCCAACGACGGUAAGAUCUUACCACAACACGGUGUUAGAGGAGAGUGCGGUGUCACUGUGUGGGAUCCAGCCUGGAGAUCCAGUGUUAGAGCUGGGCCAUGGGCCGGGGCUGGGCCUGGAGGCUGCAGCCACACUACUGACAGAACCUACUGGGAGACUCAUAGGAGUGGACUAUUCACAAUAUAUGCACCAGAUGGCAGGUGAUCGUCUGAAGGAGUUGGUCUCCAGUGGGAAGGUGUCUCUGUAUCAGUGUGAUGUGGCAGCCAUGCCUCUAGCAGAGAGUAUGGUAGACAAGGUGUUCCACUGUAAUUGUUACUACUACUGGCCAGACCUGAGGAAGGGAGCCGCAGAGAUACACAGAGUCAUGAAACCAGGAGGUGUGAUGGGGACCACUCUAAGACUGAGCAGUGUGGCCAGCUUUGCGUCCAGAUCGGAGUUCCCUGCAGAGAACUGGCAACCCAAGGCCUACAUGGAAGCUCUGAGAGCCUCUGGGUUUAACCAGGUCACUAUGGAGGAUCAACAACACAAACACAUCACCUACCAGGCUAUAUAUGAUACUGCUGAGAAGUGA